GGCAACCCAGCAGCCUCUAAACUCUCCCCGCCCAUCAAGCGACCAUGAGCGCAGACUGAAACCGACACAGCGUUUGACUUAACCUUUACAUUUAUCUUUGUAUGUAUAAUUUAUAUGAUUGACAUUUGGCCUUUUCGUCGAGUAAUUCCCUCCUGAUGAACAAUGACAGAAGUUAAAGUCAAAAAAGAGUCGACGGACCCUGUAGAUAUCGAGAAUAGGAUAAAGGAGCUGUGUCAGCAGUUUCCACAUGGGAUCACAGACCAGGUCAUCCAGAACGACAUGCCUCAUGUUGAGGCGCAGCAGCGGGCCAUGGCCAUCAACAGACUGCUGUCUGUGGGUCAAUUAGACUUGCUCAAAAACAGCAAUGGCCUUUUAUACAGGCUUAAGGAUGCUCAGUCUACAAGUAAAGUAAAAGGCUCUGAUACCCAAGAAAAGCUAGUUUACCAGAUCAUAGAAGAUGCUGGAAAUAAAGGAAUUUGGAGCAGAGACAUCAGAUACAAGAGUAACCUUCCACUCACAGAAAUCAAUAAAAUCCUCAAGAAUCUUGAGAGUAAGAAGCUCAUCAAAGCGGUGAAGUCUGUAGCGGCCUCAAAGAAGAAGGUCUACAUGCUGUACAACCUGCAGCCGGACCGAUCUGUGACAGGAGGCGCCUGGUACAGCGAUCAGGAUUUUGAGUCUGAGUUUGUUGAGGUUCUCAACCAACAGUGCUUUAAGUUCCUGCAAAGUAAGGCUGAAGCAGCGAGAGACAGUAAGCAAAGCCCCAUGGUGCAAAGAAACAGCUCCUUUGCCACCUCUCAUGAAGUGUGGAAGUACAUCUGUGAGCUCGGCAUCAGCAAAGUGGAUUUAUCCAUGGAGGACAUUGAGACCAUUCUAAACACGCUGAUCUUUGAUGGCAAGGUGGAGAUGACUAUAAUCGCUGCUAAAGAGGGGACAGUGGGGAGUGUAGAUGGACAGAUGAAGCUCUACAGGGGUGUGAAUCCCAUAAUUCAACCCACUGGUCUGGUCAAAACACCAUGUGGACUGUGCCCGGUUUUUGAUGACUGUCAUGAAUUUACAUAGAUCACUCCCUCUAACUCUGAAAAACAAACCUGA